AUGACUGCAAGGCUUCCCGACUCCGCUUUCAGACUCAUUAUCCAAUUUUUAGCAAUGGGUUCUAUAAGUCCCCGCCACAUCUUCCCCCUAUUUGUCGCAACGACCACCACUUUUGGCGGACUACUCGCGCUCUUCAACCCCGCUGGUUCAAUUAGAGCUUUCGGCCUUCCGGAUAAAAUCGCCUCGUCCCCGACCGCUCAUGCUACCUUCAGCCUUUCUUCGGCACGCACAUCAGUCAUUGGGCUGCUGAUUUACACAUUUUAUGCCAGAGGCGACUUCGGGGCUAUCGACACCGUUCUUUUGACUUCAGGUCUUUACUGUGGUAUUGUCGAUGGAUAUGUUUGCUAUAAGGAAGGUGAACCGGGAAAGGCGCUGCUCCGAAUAUUGAGCUCAUGGGCGCCACGUUACCUGACUAAAACUGUGUCGAGGAACACGAGCGAGCAUAUGAAGGAGAGCACUGCGAAGACUGGAUGCUUCUCGAGCGAUGGAACACAUCAUUUCAACUAUGGUAGCAACUCUGAAUCAUAUCAAUCACAAGCCCUUUCGCAGUGCUUUCUUCGACUUGUUUUGAAUCUCACCCUGGAACAUCUCAUGAUGUCUCGACGGGCUUACUGA